CUCUAAUAACCAAGAACAUUGGGAACCAUCCCCUGAGCCUGCCACACAAGCGUUAAUGGAAUCAGAUGGAAAGCUCUCCCAGUUUGAUGUUCCAGUUGAUAAUGAUGACACAUGUGAUGAUCCAUGCAUAAACCCCCCUAAUAACCAAGUGCAUUGGGAAUCAUUUACUGAGCUUGCCACACAACCUUUAAUAGAACCAGAUGGAAACCUUCCACUCUCCAAUGUUCUAACUGAUGAUGCUGAAACAUCUGAUGAUCUAUGCAGAAACCCCCCUAAUAACGAAACAAAUUGGGAACCAUCCCCUGAGCCUGCCACACAAGCUUUAAUGGAAUCAGAUGGAAAGAUUUCACAGUUUAAUGUUUCAGCUGAUAAUGAUGACACAUGUGAUGAUCCAUGCAUAAACCCCCCUAAUAACCAAGUGCAUUGGGAACCAUUUACUGAGCUUGCCACACAACCUUUAAUGGAACCAGAUGGAAACCUUUCACUGUCCAAUUUUCUUGCUGAUAAUGAUGACACAUCUGAUGAUCUAUGCAGAAACCCCCCUAAUAACCGAGAGCACUGGGAACCAUUCCCUGAGCCUGCCACACAAGCAUUGAUGGUACCAGAUGGAACCCUUUCACAAAAUAUUUUUUCAAGUGAUAAUGAGGACACAUUAUCUGACCAUAAUGAUGAUAGUGAUGAUGAUCCAGACUAUGUCUGUGAUUCUCAAGGAGAUUCUGACUCUUCAGGGAAGACUUCAUUAAAUAAUUCUCAAGCAUCAUUGCCUAAGGCUAAAUGUACAUCAAUAAAUGGCAUCACUCGAUCACUGAAAUCUCUGUCAUCAGAUCAGUCAUUGGAGGCAUCAUCAAGAUAUGGAGGCAUUGAUGCUGACCAUGAGGGGAUAACUGUGAUGAAGACCAACAAUCAAGGAGGGCGAAAAUAUGACAAGGUAGCUUAUUGCAUGAUGUGUGAGAAGCCCCACAAAAAACUUCCUGAUCACCUGCGGUCACAACAUUCCAAUGAAAUAAAGGUGGCUCAAUACAUGGCAGCAACGAAUCGAAAAGAAAAGGAUAAGCUAUUGACAUUGAUAAGAAAUAAAGGAAAUCACAUGCACAACUACAGGGUCUUCGAAAAGGGUCAUGGAGAGCUUGUGGUCGUAUAUAGACCUUCUUGUGAAGCAAAGCCCCGUGAUUAUCAGCCUUGCAAAGAUUGUUUGGGAUGGUUUGCGAAAGCCGAAUUGUGGAAACACCGCUGCAUUUUGAAGCAAGAAGAGCCGGCUAAGGAGCAAAAGAAAAAACGAAGAAGACUAUUAGCACAAGGUCGACUCUUGCUUCCACCAGUGCCCUGCACAUCAAGAGAUUCUAUAACACACAAAGUACUGAGUGGUCUCAGCGAUGAUGAAAUCAAGGCCUGCAUUCUAAAUGAUCAGUUGAUUCUAGAAUUGGCCAAGGUGUACUCUAAGAAAUUGGGCCAUGACGAAGAACAGCACAACCACAUCAGAUGCAAGUUACGAGAACUAGGAAGACUUGUACUUCAGUUCAGACGUUGCAGCUGCAAUGGCAAGGCAAGUCUGACUUCCCUGAUAUCACCAAAUGGUUUUAUGACUGUCUUGAGUGCUGUCAAGAAAGUGGCAGGCUUUGAUGAGGAGAACCACUUGUUCAAUACACCAAGUCUAGCACUUAAGCUGGGACAUACCUUAAGAAAGGCUGCCUUUGUGCUCCUGAGUAAGGCUUUGAUGGACAGAGAUGGGGAUGACAUGCAGAAACUUGUAGAAAAGUUCAUCAAGCUGCUGGACACUUGUUGGGGAUCUGAAAUCUCUACUCAUGCUCUACGAACUUUGUACCAGAGGAAACGAAACCAGCCCAAACUCCUACCCCUAACGAGUGAUGUUGUGGCUUUGUCAAGACACCUAGAGGUACAGGCUGAACUUUGUGUAGACAAACUGUCAUCUGGGACCGCAAUCGAAAACCAUAGCACAUGGAGAGAACUCAACAAGACCAUGCUGGCUCAUCUCAUUGUGUUUAAUAGGAGGAGACAAGGGGAAAUCAGCAAGAUGACUCUUGAUGACUACAAUAAAAUCAAGAAAGGUGAAUCUCAUAUGGUGGAAGGACAACUAGAGAUGCUGAAAGACUGGGAAAAAAAUCUUGUAAAGUUUCUCUGGAGAGUUGAGGUAGUAGGAAAACGUGGCAGGACAGUGCCGAUCCUUGUGACAGACUCCAUGAAAUCAUGUGUAGACACCCUUGUAUCCCACAGGGAGGAAGCAGGUGUAAACCCAAGCAACAAAUACCUGUUCGCUGUAGCCAAUAGUGACACUACAUCUCAUGUUCGAGGGUCAGAUGCUCUCCGUGAGCUGUCAGAAGCAUGUGGAGCACAAAAUCCUUCAACACUUCGAUCCACAAAAUUACGGAAGCAUGUAGCUACCAUGUCACAACUAAUGAGCUUGAGGGACCAUGAGAUGGACGCCUUAGCAAACUUCAUGGGCCACGAUAUUAGGAUACAUAGGGAGUAUUAUAGACUGCCAGAUGCUGCUAUGCAGGUGGCCAAAAUAUCAAAGAUCCUGUUCGCCAUGGAGGGAAAAGCUGGGAACCCGGUCCAGCUGAUUGGCACUGCAAAAAGUCUGGAUGAGCUUCAAAUCAAGUUAGAUGAAGAGAUCGACACUGGAGAACAGGGACCUGAAUCAUGUGAUGACAAUUGUGACAGCGAUGUUGAUUCUGGUGAUCAUGAUGUCGAACGUCAGCUACCUGGAUGCUCCCAAAAAGGUACCAAAAGGCAAAGGCAAACGCAACAUGUACUGGAAGAGGUUGAUGAACAGCCAAUAAGGAAGAAACGAAAGACAGCAUGGAGCGAUGCGGAAAAGUCGGCUGUCCAGAGACGUUUAGGAGCCUUUAUGACUGUUCAUUCUAAGCUACCUGGCAAGAGAGCGAUAGACGAAUGCUUGAAAGCUGAAGCUGUGCUGAAACACAGAACGUGGGUCAACAUCAAAGACUACGUAAGAAACUCGAAGGUUACCAAAAGCAGAAAAACACAGCCUUGGUAAAAACAUUCCCUUUAAUAUCAAAUCACCAUUUUUAUAUUGAAUACACACAUGCUUUUGUUUUGAGUCACCAAACUGCUGAAAAUGCUCAUAAAUUACAAG